UAACGCUUAAACUUUCAAUCUGUAUAUGAAAUUGAAUUCUAAAUUUAAACUGAGAAAUAUAUGUUCAUGGCAUAAAAUUUCAAUGGAUUUAAAAAGAAUAAUUUUAACGUUUACUUUUUGUUUUUUAUUUGUUAAAUGUAUUAUUCCAUCUUUGAGUGUCCGGAAAUUGGAUGACAAGCUUAUUGAAAGAAAAAGACAAGAUACUUUAGAAAUUUGCCGUAUCUUUAAUGAGGAAAACAAAGUCAAUUUGAUUACGGAUAAUACAAACAACACAAAAUAUAAGAGGACCAAGAGAGACGUGGAUAAUAAUGAAAUAAGUAAUCCGUCAUUAAAACAUGAUGGUACAGUAAAAGUGGAGAAAAUCGUAGACAAAUUAUACGAUGACUUGGAUCCGAGCGGUAAUACAGUAAAUUAUCGAAGAAGAAACUUAACUAAUAUUACUAAAACAAAGAAUAAAACUGAAAAUACAUAUCGAAGAUUUAAUUUUGCACCGGCACAACUGUUUGGACCUUUGCCUUCAGGCGAAGAAGAAAUCACAAAACCCUUAAAUUCACCGUCCGUUCAAAUACCAUGGAUUAAGAAAUGGAGACAUGGCAUUGUGCCGUUUUUUAUUGACCCCAAUACGUAUGAUUCAUUUUUAGCAGAAACUAUUCUUAAAGCUUUUGAUUAUAUUGAAAAAGCAACAUGUAUCCGUCUCCAACGUCUUCGGGAAAGACCAACAGAUAAGCAAUCCAUGCAAAGUGUUGAAUGGCUCUAUAUAACAAAUCCCUCUGGUAUACGGCAAUGUGUUCACACCAAUGAACGUAAACCCAAUACUGGUGUUCAGAUGGUUGUAUUUGGCUAUGAUUGCUUAUCGCAAGGUGAAAUAGCUCACGAAGUUAUGCAUGUUUUGGGAUUUUCCCAUGAACAUACACGUCCUGAUAGAGAUCGCUACAUAACAAUUUUAUAUGAAAACAUUAAGCCCGGAUAUAAAAAAUAUUUUGAGGUUAGGCGUGAAGAUCCUUUGUCCAGCCUCCCUUAUGAUUAUGCGAGCGUGCUUCACUAUCCACCUCGAGCCUUCUCUAAAAACGGACAAGUAACUAUAUACACUGAAUCAGGUACCAAAAUUGGGCAACGAGAUGCUUUCAGCGAACAGGAUGUUGAAAAAAUCGGAAUGAUAUACGGACUUGAAUGCGUUGAACGCAAUAAAGACUACUUACGCAAGACGUGCCCAAGCGUUGGAAAAGUUAGCACUGAGGCAAAAGAAGUGCCAGAAGAAUUUAUUGAUGACUAUUUUAAGGAUAGAGUGUGGCCUUAUGGAAUUAUAAAUUAUAAAAUUAAAGACGCAUUAGAAUUUACGGCUGAAGAAAGAGAAAACAUAAAAGCAGUUCUUUAUCACAUUGAGAAGGAAACUUGUAUUGAAUUUAGAGAUAUCACUGAAGAAGAUAAGCGUGAUACUAAAAAUGAAAACGAAUCUCUAGAAAAUAUCAACGAAUCUCCCGAAUCUACACCACUUCCAAUCGUUGAUAAUCGAACUGAAGAAACAUUUCCAGAUAAUGCAAAUAUCACUUCACCUGCUGAAAAUGUAACACUCAUUCCUGACGAAUAUAAACUAAAAACGAUUAUUUCUAACCUUAGUCUAAUUGAACAGAUAUCAAAUGAAAGAGAUAAUAACAAUAAUGAAAACACUAUAAAGGUUUUAAGACACGGUAAGGCUAAAAAACUCCCUAAAAAAGCCCAAGUGCGUUCUAAGACUAAGGAAGUAAAGAAAUUACGUAAAGAAAAGGUAAAAGAAGGAAGUAAGAAGAUUAGGAUUCCAAUUUCACCUCACCGUCGACACGCCGUAAACGUGAUCGUGUUAAAACGUUCUUCAGAACCGGGGUGUAAAUGUCCACCGCCAGGAAGGCCAAAUGGAGACAAAGUUUUAACAAUUCACUCGGAUUGUUUCAACUCUGUUAACGACUUACUCCACGUGUUUGUCCACGUGCUGGGAUUGGAUCACCAGCACAAUAUGCAUGAUCGGGAUACAUAUUUGCAUAUACUCUGGGAUAAUCUUAGUCAAGAAAUAAAGAAAGAGAUGGAAGAGAAGCUGCCUCCAGCCGCGUCCGCAGGCUUCGCUUACGACUACCAAAGCGUCAUGCACUAUCCCUGGCUGCAAAUAAAGGACGGUGUUACUAACAUUAUGUAUCCCAUUUGGAACGACGGAUGGGCCAUGGGUCAUUGGCAAGGACUCAGUUGGACGGACGUUCAGAAGUUAGACGUUAUUUACAAAGAACAAUGCGAAAAACGAAGACGUGAAAUGCGAAACGAGUGAAAUAUGUUCACGGAUUGUUUAAAAUAAAUAAAAUCAGAUUCAA